AUGGCAGAUAAGUAUAUGAGGGUGGAGCAGGACAUGUAUGAGGACAGUGAGGUAUGUGGUAGGAGUAACAGUUUAUUCUUGGAGAUCCUGAAUGACUGCUCGGAUGUAGAUGAAAUCGAGUUCCAGGAGGAUGGAACGUGGUUCCCAAUGAAACCAAGGAAAGAAGCUCUAAAGAUCCCCACUCAGUCAGUUUCAGAAGUUGACACCUCAGCUCCUUUGCGUCAACCAUCAGUGGCCCGCGAUUCUACUGAGCCGAGCUACACCAAGAGGGCAGAUGUGAUUGAUCUGACGAUAGAAAGCUCUUCUUCUGAUGACGAAGAGGACAAAAACCGUCCACCCAAGAAACGCAACAUUUCCAAGAAUGAGGAGAUGCAUGCAAAGGGAGUGUUGACCUACCUGCCCACUGUGCAAGUGCCAAAUGUCCAGGCCCCGGACCCGCCACAUCUGAACUCUGCACUUGCCGACUAUGCAGUCCCCUUCCAUCCUUCUGCCUCGGCCACCAUCCCCACAGAUAUGCAGCGUCCAGAUCUAUUUUCCUUAAUUCAGACUAAUCCAGAGAUGUUCUUGCGUAUCCUGCAAAAUGCAGCUGCAGCAACCAGCAGCUCAGCCUUGGUUUCGUCGUCCAGCAGCCACUAUGACGCCAUCAGCCAUGCUGCCAGCUCCCUCCAUGAAACUGGGGUCGUCACAGGAGGGGAGGGGAGCAGGGGAGGAGAGGCCGACGGCGACAUAUCAGAUAACAUUUCACUCGAUUGA